UCUCUCUCUCUCUCUCUCUGAACAAAGCACAAGGAAAUGACGCCCUUUUACCUCCUCCUCUUCCUUGUUUUCCUCAACAUUGCAACCUCGGAAUCAAAGCUCACGGUCGACUACUACAAGAAGACAUGCCCCGGUCUCCAAGACAUCAUCCGGCAAGUCGUCACCGACAAGCAGAUCGCCUCCUCCACCACCGCCUCCGCCACCCUCCGCCUCUUCUUCCAUGAUUGCAUGGUAAAUGGUUGCGAUGCGUCCGUCCUCAUCUCCUCCAACUCAUUCAACACCGCCGAGCGCGAUGCCGAGAUCAACCUCUCCCUCCCCGGUGACGGUUUCGAGGUCGUCACGCGUGCCAAAACCGCUCUCGAGCUCCAAUGCCCUGGCGUCGUCUCGUGCGCGGAUAUCCUCGCCCUCGCGGCCCGCGACCUCGUGACCAUGGUCGGCGGCCCCUACUACAACGUCCGCUUGGGCCGCAAGGACGGCUUCAUCUCAAAAGCAUCCGAAGCCGAGGCUGCCUUGGCGAAGCCGACGAUGCCCCUGAAUCAAAUCAUCAGCAUCUUCCAGUCGCGGGGGCUCAGCCCGCAAGAGAUGGUGGCUCUGAGCGGGGCGCACACGAUCGGCUUCACGCACUGCAAGGAGUUCAGCCAGAGGCUGUUCAAUUUCAGCAAGAAAUCGGACUACGACCCCACGCUCUACCCCAAGUACGCGGAAGGGCUGAGGAAGCUGUGCGAGAACUACACGAAGGAUCCCACGAUGUCGGCAUUCAACGACGUGAUGACCCCGAACAAGUUCGACAACAUGUACUACCAGAACCUCCAGAAAGGGCUGGGGCUGCUGGCCUCGGAUCAAGCGAUGGCGGUGGACAAGAGGACGAAGCCGUACGUGGACCUGUAUGCGGCGAACCAGACGGCCUUCUUCCAGGCGUUUGCUCGCGCCAUCGAGAAAGUGAGCGUGUAUCAGGUGAAGACGGGGAGCAAGGGAGAGGUGAGGCACAGAUGCGAUGCUUUCAACUCGCUCAAGACUUGAGAGCUGAAAAAGGUUUGAUGGAUGUACGAGUAUUGUAGUAACCAUGUGAUGACGAGGACAUAAAAGCUAAGCAAAGCAAACACCAAUGUUGAUGAGAUGAAUGGCAAAUGGU